AUGACUACCCGACGCCGCAGCAACGCAAGUGUCGACUCCAACGAAUUCUCCUACCAGCCUGGCCCAUCAUCUCACACUCCCAUGAGGCCCUUCGCCGGAGCAGCCACUGGAGAGGCACACGUCAAGUUGACUCCUAUAACCAGAAAGAUUAGUAAGGCGAAGAAAGGUGUCCCGGUUCACACAUGCAAUCAAUGUCCCAAGACCUUCUCUCGGGCAGAGCACUUAAGACGUCAUCAACUCAGUCACUCAGCUCCUGAUCUAUUUUGCCCGGUCGAAAACUGUAAUAAGACUUUCCAUCGCAAGGACCUCCUCGACCGUCAUGUCCAAAGACAUGAGCAAGAUGGUCAAGAUGUUAAAGACCUGAAACAUAACCGUCAAGGCAGCCCGAAAACACCUAGCUUGCCCUCUGCAGACUCUGGACCAGAACCAGGACUCAAGAUGCCUGAAGUCUAUAGACACCCUCGAGCAGUAACCGCAAACAGCAGUUCGAGUAUGGUCGGUCCAUGGUCAUCAGUGGCAUCGACAUCUGCUCCUCAUCAGGUCUACAAUCCGCCGCCAACCGUGAACAAUUCCUCAGACAGCUACCCCAUCGGGCCAAACAACUAUGUACUCCAUACACUACCAACGAACGAAAAUUUUGUAGCAAGCUAUUCGGAACCAAGAAACAUGUCCAUCUCUAUUAUAUCAUCCAUCCCUGAGGAAGCACCCCCGGAUCUAGGCUGGCCUGAAAGCUCAAUGUCUUCAUCAGCUCCUACAAGCACAUUCUCGACUCCCCCAGAUAACACAAGGCGCUCACAGUUCUCCGUGCCAACAACGAACGGGUCUUGGAUGACCGCGACUCCAGCUUACCCAAAUACUGCAAAUGACAUCACUGCCAGUCUGGAUAGCAACACAUACCCUGGCUCGUAUUCAUAUACCGAUACUCCACCACAAGCGUACCCUUCUGUCUUUGGCGAUAUGGAUCUUGCAUUACCUGGAUACUCUGAAGGCCCUUCUUUCAGCACCACCAAUCAGAUACCUAUUCCCACAGUUCGUAGCAUGUCCCCCUCAUUAGCUGUCGCUCAAUCUGAGACUUUAGUAGCUGUCUCCUCGCUGCCAACGUCAGAUGGAGUUUUUGGAUUGGGGGCAUGUAGCUCUGGGCCUUCGGAUGGCAGCUUAUUGAGUACUCCUGAUUCGAUGCCACUAUCUCUCCCUGCAGCAACGAGAGACUCAAUUCCGACAUACUUAGAAACCUACUGGGAGCAUGUCCACCCCAAGAACCCCAUCAUACAUAAGUACACUUAUGAGGAUGUACCAGAGGAGGAGACAGAGCAAGUACAGGUCCUCCAAUGCGCCAUGGCUGCUCUAGCGACACAAUACAUCCCUAACGCAGACGACCGCAUGAAGGGAGCUCAGCUUCAUGCAUACGCCUGGCAAAAGUCAAAAGUGUUUACACAAGCUGAAAAGUGGUCAAUACCAGUACAGCAAACUAUUGCACUUUGCGAGUAUUACGCUCGGUUCCGUGGUAGAAAGCCACAUUCACAUCAGCCCUCUGCUCGGUUCACUGCACUUUACCACAGGGUUUUUAAUCAUCACCAUGAAUCUCCUUCUGGCUCUUCGCCCCAAGGUCAGUCGGUUUGGAAGAUCUGGGUUGCUGCAGAAACUCAACGACGACUGCUGGCUGCCUGCUUCCUCCUGGAUGUCCACAGUUCACGGUAUCAUCAACGACCGUAUGUUUCCGCCAUUGGCCUGGACUACACUGCUCCGGACACUCUUCCUAUUCCACUCACAGCAACAACGACAAAAUCUUGGGAAGCACAUGAUCCUCAAACAUGGACACGACUACGGGCAAGAAAGGACCUGAGAACUAUCUCAAGCAUCAACAUGAGUACACUCUCUGCCACUGAUGUAGCAUCUCUGCCUGCCUUUGACGCGGCAAUCUUGCUUGCAGCAUAUUCAUUAUUCAUUUCGUGCCGUCAGAACCCAGCACAUAUUGGCGUGAUGGAUGGUGCACUGAACUUUGAGUCGGAGAGAAUGCUUAUGUUAAGGGUAUUUCCCGACUCGGCAGCUGCUAGUACCUACCUAGCCCUUCACUACACACCUCUUUACUACCUAUUAUCAGUAUCUGGGCAGAGCUGGGUCUUUAACAAGAAGGUGACGGACUUCAAUAUCUUUGCGGAACACCAGAGGUUACUAGGCGAAUGGUGCAAAUCUAGCACAGCUGCGAUCGCCACUGUUUUUGCUGCCCGUGCUUUGAGCAUCUUCCUUAACCUCAAAGCUUCAUCCGAUCAGGGAGAAGACAGAAAAGGAAAAUCCAACGAGCAACAAGUAGUGCAUUGGAAAGAUAUUUCGGACUACUGGGGUGUUUACGUUUGCUCGUUGAUCUGUUGGGCCUUUGGUAUUGAGAAUAAACAGGACAAGGACAAUACCAAAAUUUUGCCAAAAGCUCCAAAGCAGUGGAUAUUGAUAGUUGCAGAUCUGGAGCCGUCCGAGUUGCAAGCUCAGAAUCACCGCAGUGGGGCUCAAAAGGUUGUAAGUCUCGUGAAGGAAGUGUUGGAAAACGAUUGCUUGGGCGGAGGAAACAUUCUUUUUGCAGAUGCCGUGAACGUUUUAAAACAACUAGAAAGGGGGGCAUCUGCCAGGCCGUGCCCAGAUGUUUGA